CUCUAGAGCAGACCAGGAAUUCUAGCAGGACAUUUACGGAGUGAGGAGUCCUAAAACCUCUGAGCUUAGAAACAGACUGUACUUCCAAGCACAACAAUUCUUUCAGGACAUCGCUGUAUUUUAUUUGCAGAUGAACAUUUUAUAUUGUGAUUGGCUAUUCCUUCCAUGGGGCUGAACAAUUCUAAGCCGAACCACAAGGUGAGGAAGGUGGUUCCUCUUAACAGUAAAGAUGUAUUUGUGUCACCGACAACAUCGUCAGGAUUUAAUGGAUGGAACGGCUAUUCUGACUUUGGGAAAAUGGAUCACAGGAGCCCAAUACAUGAACGGCAGCUUCCACCUCUCAGGGAGACAUUGUAUGGGAGAGGUCCAAUAGUACCCGGGCCAAUUUCUUUUGACGUUCCACUGGAAAAUGGUGACACAACUAGUAUAAUUAAGAAGCAUCCUCCUCGGCGUCUCCAAAAACUUGAAACAGCACCACUGCCUUCUAUAUUAUCUGCAGAGACUAUUAUCAGUAAACAAGAAGCUGCAGCAGCACGGAAAGGAAAGGUGCUGGAAAAGAAAGCAGGAAUGGCCAAACAAUCUUCAGCAAGGAGACAGCACAUUCACAAGAUGCAGAUACAGGAAAUAAACCGCAAGCGUGAAGAGAUGAAUCAUUUGCAGUCUCAGACAGAAGUGAAGAGGAACAUCCACCGAGAGAGUAAGAUCAAUAAACACAAAAUGAGGGAAAUGAAGACUAACAAAGUGCGAGAACAUGCAAUGAGGUGUCAUGAAGAUGAAGAUUUCCUGCCGCUGGAACAUGAUGAAACUUUUAAUAUGGAUCAUGGAAAUAGCUGGCAUUGGAACAUGAGGGACCCUGGCUGUACACCAGAUUGUCAGCUGCAGAAGACCAAGCUGAAUUUGUGGUUUCAGCUCCAGAAACAAGGGAUUGAGUCCAGUUAUGACAGUUCAAGCAGUGACUCUUUGGACAGCUGGAUCAGAGAAGAUGCACGGAGUCAUCGGAGACCUCUCUUAGUGAGGACGCGGACUGAGAAAAUCCCUACUUUUGAUGAGUUCUAUGAUCAUGAAUUUUGAAUCUAAAGUUGGUUUUAUAAACGCUGUUUUUUUCUGACCAAAGGAAUUAAUUUCCU